GCGUGGCCCACCUCCAGUGACAUCACGCUCCAAAGCCCUAUUGCCUUUUACAUUCCUGAGCGCCCCCUGUGGGUAGCUUCUUUAAUAGCAACUAUCAUUACACAAACCCCUGCUGGUUCUUUGUUGUGUCUCUUUGUAUAAUGACAACAAUCCAAACUGAGUCCGAUUGAACUGAAGACAGUUGCUGCUAGCUACACUCUGAGGUCAUUCAGAUGCUUCAGCACAUCCAUGAUGGCAGAAACGGAGUUGUUACUCUUGUUUAUGCAGUUUAAAAAGGACUUUUUCCGUCUACAGCGUUCAGAAAAUGGCCGAAGGUAAAACUCAGUUUCCCAGAAUCCUUUCCCCGGUACGAAAAUUUCCCGGCAUGCCAUUCAGCAUAGAAGCCGAGAAGAAGACGGAGCGUCAUGAUGGAGUCUGGUGGAGGCUGAAGCGAGCAAACGUGCUUCGAUCCGAGCUGAGUGCUGUCCGAGACGCUCGCGCUCCUGAGGAGAAUCCCUUCACGAAGCCCCGCGGUGCUCCACGAGCGCGCGCUAGUUAGCUAGCUACCUGCUACGGAGACUGUCGGUUAACCGGUCGCCAUGGCGACGGAUGUGGGCUCGCCGCAGCGCUUCUUCCAUAUGCCGCGUUUCCAGCACCAGGCGCCGCGGCAGGUGUUCUACAAGAGGCCUGACUUCGCCCAGCAGCAGGCCAUGCAGCAGCUCACCUUUGAUGGCAAGCGCAUGAGGAAGGCCGUGAACCGCAAGACCAUUGACUAUAACCCGUCCGUCAUCAGAUACCUGGAGAACCGCUUGUGGCAGCGAGACCACCGAGACUUCAGGGCCAUCCAGCCCGACGCAGGAUUCUACAACGACCUCGUUCCUCCCAUCGGCAUGUUGAGUAACCCGAUGAAUGCCGUCACCACCAAGUUUGUGCGAACCUCCACCAACAAAGUCAAGUGUCCCGUGUUCGUCAUCAGGUGGACUCCCGAGGGCCGCCGCCUGGUGACCGGAGCCUCCAGUGGGGAGUUCACUCUGUGGAACGGACUCACCUUCAACUUCGAGACCAUUUUACAGGCCCACGACAGUCCGGUCCGGGCCAUGACCUGGUCUCACAACGACAUGUGGAUGCUGACGGCCGACCACGGCGGCUACGUGAAGUACUGGCAGUCCAAUAUGAACAACGUGAAGAUGUUCCAGGCUCACAAGGAGGCGAUUAGAGAAGCCAGUUUCUCUCCGACUGAUAAUAAAUUCGCCACCUGCUCGGAUGAUGGCACGGUCCGAAUCUGGGACUUCCUGCGCUGCCACGAGGAGCGAAUCCUCAGAGGUCACGGUGCUGAUGUAAAGUGUGUCGACUGGCACCCCACCAAAGGCCUGGUGGUGUCGGGCAGCAAGGACAGCCAGCAGCCAAUCAAGUUCUGGGACCCGAAGACGGGACAGAGUCUGGCUACACUCCACGCCCACAAAAACACGGUGAUGGAGGUGAAGUGGAACCUGAACGGUAACUGGCUGCUGACAGCGUCACGUGACCACUUGUGCAAGCUGUUUGACAUCAGGAACCUGAAGGAGGAGCUACAGGUGUUCAGGGGACACAAGAAGGAGGCCACAGCGGUGGCGUGGCAUCCUGUCCACGAAGGACUGUUCGCCAGCGGAGGCUCCGAUGGGUCGCUGCUCUUCUGGCACGCCGGGGUGGAGAAGGAGGUCGGGGGGAUGGAGAUGGCUCACGAGGGAAUGAUCUGGAGUCUGGCCUGGCACCCACUGGGUCACAUCCUGUGUUCCGGCUCCAACGACCACACCAGCAAGUUCUGGACAAGGAACCGGCCGGGCGAUAAAAUGAGAGACCGUUACAACCUGAACCUGCUGCCCGGGAUGUCGGAGGACGGCGUGGAGUACGACGACGUGGAGCCAAACAGCAUUGCCGCCAUCCCCGGGAUGGGCAUCCCCGAGCAGCUAAAGGCCGCCAUGGAGCAAGAGCAGAGCAGUAAAGAGGCGGAUCCUGAGGUGGAGAUGUCCAUCCCUGGGCUGGACUGGGGCGUGGACGAGGUCAUGGGCAAAGACGCUAAGAAGGUCCCUCAGAAGAAAGUCCCGUACGCCAAACCGAUCCCUGCGCAGUUCCAACAGGCCUGGGCGGAGAACAAAGUACCCGUGAUGCCUCCUUCUGGAGAUCUGUCCAAAGACAGGAAGGUGGAGCAGAAAGUGGAGAUGAAGAAGAAGACUCAGGCGGAGAUCGAGCAGGAGAUGGCGGCUUUGCAGUACACCAACCCCAUGCUGCUGGAGCAAAUGAAGAUGGACCGAAUGAACCAGAUGAACACAGAUGGGAACAUGGGCCCCCCACAGGGACAGGGCUCCAUGCCCCCCUUCCCGGGCCCUGGAGGUCCUGGCGGCUCUAUGCCUCCUGGUCAGCAGGGCUGUCCUCCAAACAUGCCUCCUCAACAGAUGUCCAACAACAUGGGCCCCCCAAUGGGCCCUGGAGGCAUGCAGCCUACAUUUAUGGGCCCUGGACAGAUGGGCCCACCCUCUGGACCCCAGUCUCACCAGGGGCCCCCUCAGAGCAUGAUGGGGCCACCGGACAUGCAGGGGCCUCAAGGUAUCCAGAGACAUCCCGGCCCCCCAAGGAACAUGGGACCCAGGGGGAUGCAGGGGCCCCCUGGUGGCAUGAUGGGCCCACCCCCUCGAGGAAUGGGUCCAAGAGAUCCUCAAGGGCCCCCACCUCAGGGGGCCAUGAUGCCACCUCAAGGGAACUUGAUGGGCCCCCAGGGUUCUAUGCAGGGGGGGAUGAUGGGGCCCCCACCAAGGACACAUGGGAACAUGCCCAACAACUAUGGGAUGGGCAACAUGCAGGGGCCCCCAGGAGGGAUGCAUGGACCUCCAGGAAACAUGCAGGGGCCCCCUGGUAACAUGCAAGGACCCCAUGGAAACAUGCAGGGGCCCCCUGUUAACAUGCAGGGCCCCCACGGAAACAUGCAGGGGCCGCCAGGAAACAUGCAGGGACCCCCGUACAUGCAGCACCAGGGUCAGAACUCGGGGCCCAUGAUGCACGGGAUGGGGCAGCAGGGGCCCAACAACAAAGACCCUCGAGGGCCACCUCCAAACCACCACAUGGGCCCUCCAGACCGGCAGGGCCCAGGGGCACCAGACCAGGGCUCAGGGUCAUACUGGGGGGACAACCAGCAGGGCCGACAUGGGUCGCAGGACUUUGACGGAGGCCAGGAUUUCCACAGCAGAGAGGAAGGCUGGAGGCCCGGACCAGGAUACCAGGGGGGAGGAGGAGGAGGCGGCAGCCACAGGGGGCAGGACACCGAGGAGGUGGAGGGAGCGGAGGGAACUGGGGACCUGAUGAGCGGUUCGGUGGGGAAGGCUUUAGAGGACGCAGAGACGACAGGUACAGAGGAGGCGGCCCCGGCCGGCCUGGCAGUCGAGGUUACCCCGACGACUACGGUGGCCAGGAGGAGGGUUUCGAUGGCCCCGAGGAGAUGGGUCGAAGCUGGGACUCUGGAGGCCAUGGGAGGCCGCCUCGAGGAGGUGUUCCGCCCAGAGGAGGAGGUCACGAUGGUUAUCGGGACGGGCAGCAGAUGCACGACGGGUCGACUCCGACUGGUCGAGAGCGCCCCUCCUCCAUGCAGGGGAUGGACAUGGCGUCGCUUCCCCCCCGCAAGCGUCCGUGGCAGGAUGGCCCAGGAACCGGCGACCCGCGAGAUCACGAGUCGGAGCGACCCGACGGAGGUCGCCCGCAGAGGGAGGAUGGCGGUUAUGGCCCGUCUGGUCGAGGUGGGCGGGGCGGUUGGGGCCCCGGAGGAGGCCCCAGGAGAGGAGGCCCGCCGCCCAGAGGAGCACCGAGGGGGGCCGGAGCCGGUAGUCUUAGAGAAAGAAGAAGAACAAAAGUCCCAUGAUCCUCCUCUCCUCUGGUCAUCCCCCCUGCUGGUCCCUGCACAGACUGAGGGCAGGGCUUCCUGCUGGACUAGUGGUCAUGUGACAGGCUGAGGCCUGUUCUGGCUCGUGAUUGGUGCUGCAGAGACUGAACCGGCGUCUUUUAUUCACCUCGUCUGCAGCGUUUGUCCUUUUGUAACAGAUUUCUAUGUUUGUGUUUUCACUGAGGUGGACAAUAAAGAUUCACACUUCAAACUCGUCA